AUGGUUUCAUUUGAUGUAGUAAGUCUCUUUACCAAUGUUCCACUUACCUAUACAAUUGAUUUUGUUCUUGAUCAAAUGUAUCCAACAUGUAAAAAACCAUGUCUGAAACCACCAAGAGCAGAACAAUAUCGUAAAUGUAAGCAGAAUGUCGACUUUAGAGCUCUACUCGAAGAAGCUACAUCUAAAACACAUUUUAUCUUUAAUAACAAAAUAUAUGUUCAACUUAAUGGUGUUGCAAUGGGUGCUCCAUUAGCUUCAGUGAUGGCUGAUAUCUUUAUGACUUACUUGGAAACAACAUUGAUGGAUAAAUUAACACAAUUAGGUGUAUGUGAAUGGUAUCGAUAUGUAGAUGAUACAUUUGUUUUCAUUAAUAAAGAUGCAAAUGUAGAUAACAUAUUAUCCAUUCUCAAUGAUUUUCAUCCAUCAAUUAAAUUUACAAGAAAGAUUGAAGAUAAUGAUAAAUUGGAAUUCCUCGAUGUACAAGUUAUUCGAUCAUCUGAACAACAUUGGUUCGAGACGACAAUUUAUCGAAAACCAACAUUCACUGGACUACUAACAAAUUGGAAUUCUUAUGUUCCCAUUCAAUAUAAGAAAGCUAGUAUUGUUAGUAUGGUUAAUCGUGCACUCAAUAUAUGUUCAACAUAUACAUUAUUAGAGACUGAAUUAGAUGAAAUAAGAAAAAUUGGUUUAAAAAAUGAUUAUCCAUUAUCUUUUAUUGAUACUAUUAUUGCCAUCAAAUUAAGUCAACAUCGAAAUAAAAUUAAUGGAAAAUUAAAUGAACCAAAAAUAGGAUGUGAUAAGAAGAAAAUGUGUGUCGAAUUACCAUUUAUUAGAUCUUCAACAUUAGAAUUGAAGAAAAAGAUCUUAUAUCUAUCUAAUAAAUUACGACCUGAUCUCGACAUCCAAUUCUUCACCAAAUCACCACCAUCGACACAAGCAUUCUUUCAAAACAAAGAUCCAAUUGUGAAACACAUGAAGUCGGAUGUAGUAUAUUAUAUUAAAUGUAAUGACUGUACACAUUUGUAUAUUGGCAAGACGGAACGUCAAUGUAUACGAAGAUUAUAUGAAGAUGGUGCACCAAAAACAGCUUGUCAACAACAACAGUGCAACCAUGUAAGUGAUGAUCUUAAUAAUAAUAACAACAUUCAAGGAUUAAGAAGAUCAUCACGGCUAAAAAGUAAAACAACAGCAGCAACAACAAUAACAGACGACAACAACAACGAUAAUCAGAUUGCCAAGUCAUCAAUUACUCAACAUGAAAAAGAAACAGGUCAUCAUAUGGACUGGAGUAAUUUUCAGGUAAUAUGACAAGACAAUCAUUAUUAUCGCUUGUUAAUUAAGGAAUCAUUACUGAUCAAGGCUUAUGAACCAGAACCUAACAAAACAACACAUUCGGUACCAUUACUGCUUUUUCCUGAUGGUCUACCGAGAGUUCUGUUACCUAAUCCUGAUUAUUAAUGUAACUUAAAGUCUUUUGUUAUUGUAUUAUGGCUUCUCUUUUCCUCUCUACCUUUUCUCUGUCUUCUUCUUUUUUAUUUUUGUUCUCUUUCCUUCUUUUCUUUGCUCAAUGUACAAUUUUUCAAAGAUCUUAAUAAAUCUUGAAAAUGAUGACAUAGAUCAUCGAAACGUCGAAUUAUUGUCUUUUUAUUUCAAAAUAAAAGUUUACAAUGUUAUACAAAGCCGCUGUUAUCUUGUCAUUUAUUAUGAAGAUGUUGCCCUUAAAAAUUACAAAUGCAAACAGAUUCUCAACAUUUUGAACUUUGGGUGUGGGUGUGGGGUGUGGGUGUGGGGUGUGGGUGUGGGGUGUGG